AACUAGAUUAGCUGUCUGGCAUACGGAGAAAGCAAAAUCAAGGUGAUCGCAGUAACUAUACUGGUUAAUGGCUGUGGCAAAGUGAACUUUGACAUAGUUUUUUUGUGCUCACAUAACGCGAAGCAAAACAAAGGUGAAACUUUGAUAUGAAACAGAAAACCGCGGCGAGAACGGUACACACGGAUAACAACGUACAAAGCGAUUUGAUUGAAUAACGAGAUGUCGGGUUCCAGAAAAGUAAUCGAACUUUUCUAUGACGUCGUAUCGCCCUACUCUUGGCUGGGGUUCGAGGUCCUCUGUCGCUACAGAAAUGUGUGGAAUAUUGACCUUAAGUUCCGCCCAGCAUUUUUGGGGGGGAUCAUGCAGGGCUCAGGCAACAAGCCCCCAGGUCUAGUCCCUAACAAGUUUCUUUACAUGGGAAAAGACUUGACUCGGCUGGGACAGUACUUUGGCGUUCCCCUUGCUUUCCCAGCUGACCCCUUUGAGGCCAUGUUCAAAAAAGGCUCCCUGUCGGCCAUGCGCUUCAUCACAGCGGUGGCAGAGAGUCGGGAGGGAAGAGACGCAGACGUGGAGAAGGUCUCCAGGGAGCUGUGGAUGAGGAUCUGGAGCCGCGACGAAGACAUCACCCUGCCAGCCUCAGUCGCUGAGGCAGGCCAGAAGGCGGGACUUCCAGCCAGUGAAGUACAGGAGCUCUUGCAACAGGCCAGCUCUCAGAAAAUCAAGGACAAACUGAAGAGCACAACCCAGGAAGCGCUAGGUCACGGGGCAUUUGGAUUUCCUCUGGCCAUAUGUCACGUAAAUGGGAAGAAGGAGAUGUUUUUCGGGUCCGAUCGAUUCGAGCUCAUGGCGCACUGCAUAGGAGAGAAGUGGGUGGGACCUCAACCAACUCAGCCAAGUGCCAAAAUUUGACAUUUGUGCAACUGUGCUUGACCAUUAAAUAUCCACAAUGGGAUGUUUUGCGAUGGAUGUUUUGAACAGUUUUGAAUAAAUGCCUCAUACUGUGUGA